UACUCUGCGGGUGUGGUCUCUCAGAAGCGAGACCGGGAAAUAAAGGUGUGGCCUUGUAGGGGGAACCCGUUUAUAUACGCCCUGACACACAGCUUUCCCUGUCUACUGUAUCUCUGCCAACUGAACGGAGCUACUAACAGAUACAAUGGAUCUUUCAGAUGCUCUGGGUGGUGAACCGGGCUGGCCAAGCCAGAACAACCAGCAGAGUAGUGGGGGCGUGUGGCCUGGUGGGCAACCCAACCAGCCAACAUGGCCAGGACAGCCUGGUGGUCAACCGGCUUGGCCUGGACAGCAGCAACCAGGACAGCCUGGUGGUCAACCGGCUUGGCCUGGACAGCAGCAACCAGGACAGCCUGGUGGUCAACCGGCUUGGCCUGGACAGCAGCAACCAGGACAGCCUGGUGGUCAACCGGCUUGGCCUGGACAGCAGCAACCAGGACAGCCUGGUGGUCAACCGGCUUGGCCUGGACAGCAGCAACCAGGCCAGCCUGGUGGUCAACCGGCUUGGCCUGGACAACAACCAAACCCUUCCCAACCCUCAUGGCCCGGACAACCAGGACAGAUUAGCCAACCUACUGCACCCGGAUGGCCAAGCCCAAGCCCCGGUCCAGGCCCUGCCCAACCAACUGCUCCACAACAUAGUUCACUGAAAGUGCCAUAUGACCUGAACCUGCCAAAUGGAUGCUACGACAAGAUGCUCAUUACAAUUCGUGGGACAGUUAACCAAAAUGCCAAAAUGUUCACCAUCAAUCUAACCAAAGGGAAUGACAUUGCCAUGCACUUCAACCCACGCUUUAAUGACCAGGGAAAGAAAACGAUUGUGCGGAACAGUCAGAUAGGCAAUACAUGGGGAAAAGAGGAGAGGGAGCACAAUCACUUCCCCUUCACUCAGGGCCAGCCCUUCGAGAUGAAGAUAAUGUGCACUAACAGUGAGUUCAAGGUGGCAGUGAACAGCUCACACAUCCUGGAGUUCAAACACCGCAUCCGUGAUAUCCAAUCCAUCAAACACCUGGUCAUCUAUAAUGACGUCACCCUCACGUCUGUGGAGAUUGACAAACUAUAGGAUCUAGCAGGGUUGGUUUCAGCCAUAGAAAUGGAAUGACCAGAUUAGCCAAAGUCCCUCAGGUUCUAUUUUUAUGGUUCCAGUGACCUUCCAUCAUUGGCUUUCAACAGAAACAUACAGUAGCUUGAGUCUCAAGCUUUAACCCAGUAGUACUACCAUCAUAUUAUGUGCUUCUACUAAGCUGGUAUAUUCUCUGUGGAAAAAUAUAUUUUCUUAGUCUUUUAAUAAGAGAAAGUCAACAACUUAACUUACAAAUUCAUUGGUUUUAAGUCUGAAUAGGUACAUAUAUUUUAAUGUAAACCACCUAUAUCCAAUGUUAUACUCAAACAUAUUUUUUUCAUUGACUGAUCUCUCUUCCUCCAGAUACAGUAUGUUUUGUGAUUUAUUUUUAUUGCUGUAUAACCUUUCACACUAGGUGGCACAGUUGAGACUGUUGAAUGUUUUAGAACCACAACAAGCCUAGUAUUUGCUGUGGCAAAAUAAACAUUACCUUGGCUACCUAUACCA